AUGACACCCUUGAAGAUUCUCAUCAACGGCGCCGGCAUCGCCGGCAACGCUCUUGCCUUCUGGCUCUGCCGACUCGGCCACAACGUCACCGUCCUCGAACGAGCCCCCAGACUCCGUGACACAGGACUCCAGAUCGACCUCCGCGGCCACGGAAUCGAAGUCCUGAAGCGCAUGGGCCUGGAACCAGCCUUCAAAGCAAAGUCCGUUCCUGAACGCGGACUACAGGUCGUCGACUCCUCUGGCCGCCGACGUGGCUACUUUCCCGUAAACACCUCAGGCAAAGGGCCGCAGAACUUCAGCACGGAGUACGAGAUCAUGCGCGGGGAUCUGUGCCGCCUGUUUUACGACGCGACCCAGGACCGUGCGAAGUACUUUUUCGGGACAUCCGUCAAGAGCUUUGCGAAUAUGGACGACGGUGUGGAGGUUGAGUUUACAAAUGGCCUGACGGACCGAUUUGACCUCCUGGUUGGCGCCGACGGCCAGGGUUCCAUCACCCGUCGGAUGAUGCUGGGGUCUGGACCCCACGAUGGGUUCUAUCCACUUCGCGGGACCUUUACGGCGUAUUUUACCAUCCCUCGACCCAUCCAGGACGGAGAGGACUACAUCGCAACUCUGUACCAGGCCUCCGGGAAACGAGGUAUCGUGACCCGGCGGCACAAUCCCCACGAGCUACAAGUGUACUUCGUGUGCAUUGGCAAUGGGGAGGGAAUCCGGGAUGUCCGUCGAGGCGACGUGAAGAAGGAGAAAGAGAUUUUGGCGGAGAUUUUUCAGGGCGCAGGAUGGGAGACGGAGGAGUUAUUGCGCGGUAUGAUGGACGCUGACGAUUUCUACUGUGAACGCCUGGGUCUUGUUAAACUCGACUCCUGGACUCGUGGACAGGUGACGCUUGUCGGUGAUGCAGCCUACUGUCCCUCUGCAUUGACUGGGAUGGGGACGACGAGUGGGAUUCUGGGCGCAUACGUUCUGGCUGGUGAAAUCGCGCGACACUGUGGAGAGCCCGGAAAGAGUGCGUUGGAUGACACGAAAGGCCUCGUUGCAGCGUUGGAGGCCUACGAGCAGCGACUGCAACCCUUCAUGGCGCAAGUGCAGAAGGGGGUCCUUAAAGACCAAGAUGGGCCGUUUGACAAGCUCCUUUCCACAACCUUUGGCAUCGCGAUGAUUCACCAUCUGGCGGGACUGGCCUCCUUCUUCCAGGUCAAUCUUGGCAAAUGGUUUAUGCGUGAAGAGAUCCGAUGGGAUCUUCCGGAUUACGAGGGGUUACACGCGCGGACCUAA